AGAAACAACAAUUCUCAUUCCACUUUUGUGUUUAGUUUUAAUUUAAUUUUUCCAAUGGAUAUUGAUAUAAAAAUAAUUUGCCGUGUUUGUCUCCAAUCUGAAAGACUCUUCCAUUCAAUCUUUGAGGAAUUCCAUUCAUUUGUUUUGAUGAACAUUGUCAAACAGAUCACAAAUAUUCAAAUAAACAAAGACGAUCAGAUGCCACAAUAAAUAUGCCACGAUUGUACAGUAAAAUUAAUUGCUGCCAAUGAUAUUCGACGCAUUGCCCUUGCAUCUGAUCAGUAUCUGAGAACGGUUCUGGAGAAAAAUACUGAGGAUGACGAAGUAGAACCACAUGAAGCAGAUACUCUUAUUAUUGAGGAUCAAACAGAGAAAGAUGACUGCAAAACAAAGUCCAGUAAAUAUGAAUAUCACUGUGAUACUUGCAGUAAAACAUUCCAGAAUCUCCUAUCCUUACGACGUCACACAAAGUACCAUCGCCUGGAUCGGAUUAAAUGCCCAUUGUGCCCCAGAAAUUUCUCACAGAAGAGCAAUCUCAAGCGUCACCUUGUCAUUCAUGCAGAUUCGAAGAAUCUACGAUGCGACAGAUGUUCCGGACAUUUUGAUACAAUCUCUGAUCUCUAUGAGCACGUAAAGAGCCACGAAAGUGCUUUGGAGGCAUCUUCCGAUGAAUAUAUCCUGAGCUGCGACUUGUGUCCAGAUUGCAGAACAGCAUCCUAUGUCACGUUCCGGAAUCACAUGCGUGAGAAGCACAAUUUUCUAGGAACACUCCGCCCCUUUAUCUGCCGCAUCUGUGGCAUUCGGUUCACAUCCAAGCAAGGCAUGUUCCGGCACAUUGACAAUAUCCAUGAGAAUAACCGGAGGAAUCUCAGGAAUCGCGACAAAAACUUCCUCUGCACAACAUGUGGAAAAAGUUUCUACACCAAUUUCCACUUGCAAGUUCAUAUGAGAAGCCAUACCGGACAGAGACCCUUCGUCUGCCAACAUCCGGGUUGCCUGAAGGCUUUUUCUCAGCUGUCUGGGCUCAAAAUGCACACGUUCACUCACACGGGAGAGAGACCAUUUGGAUGCAAGGUCUGUGGGAAAUCCUUCAGCCAAUAUGGUCAUGUGCGGGAGCACAUGAUGAUCCAUUCCGACAUGAAGCCUCAUGUCUGCAAAGUCUGUAAUCAUUCUUUUCGGGUCAAAGGGAAUCUGACUGCCCAUAUGAUGACCCAUAGUGGCAAAAAGCCCCAUAUUUGCCCACAUUGCCGGAAACAAUUUAUUCAUAGUUCAAAGCUGCGGCUGCACAUGGAGAAGAAGCAUCCCAGUUAAGAAUAUUUUCCGUCUUCAGAGAGAUCCGGGAAAUCAGGUAACCGUCCACCAAGGCUUAUAAUUCUGAAGCAAGGGGUAACUUAUAUUCAGAAACCCAAUUUUUGCACGGCGAAACCUGAGAAGCACGAAUUGCAUCACGAAAACCCGAGAAACU